CCAGGCUCAUUAAGCUGCACCACGAUGGAGAUUUCAGAAUUGGACAGGAAGUUCAACAUAAUCGACGGGGAUACACCAAUAAACGAACAUCUCUCCGCCCACUACAAAAGGAGUUUCGCUCACUACACCGUGAAGGAUAGACUCCCGGUGAUACUCACACGGAUCAUUGACAGCCUCUCGCGGGAGAAGGAAGCAAUAAUUGUGGGAUAUAGUGAGGAAGCUGCUGAUGAUCUGAAAGAUGUGAUAGGAAACAUAUCGAAGCUAAAGUACGAAUUGCAGACGGACAAGAAGUUCAAACUACUCGACGGGAAUGACACGGACCAAGAGGAAUGGAAUGCAUUCCUCGAAGCACUCCCAGACACCCACAAUUCCUACUUCUCCGCCGUAUGGUUGCAUGCUGAGUGCUACAUGUACCGGCGUGUGCGUUCAAUGUUCGAGGAGACGACAACACUGAGGGAAUUCGAUUACUUCCGGCGACAGAAGAAGGAUGCCUUCAUGGGGAGCUUGGAGGCAUUCCAGCAACUCACGGAGAAAUUCAAUGAGAAGCGCAUGGUGAAGACACGCGAUGAGCUCCGUGGGCUCUUUCGGCAAUUGAUGCGUGUCAAUUUGUGGGGCAAUCGAAUAGAUUUAUCCAUAAGUGGCGGGAAGAUUGUCAGUCAGUGCGGGGAUCCCUUUGAGGCGCUUGGCAAUCUUGAGGAGUACAUCCUAGCGGACGAUACAGCUGCCGUGUGGGAUUGCAUUGCCACCACCGACGGGAAUAUUAUUGUGGAUUUUGUCUGUGACAAUGCAGGCUAUGAACUUUUUACGGAUCUCUGCCUCGCAGACUUCCUCAUAUCGCACAAUCUUGCCGCAAAGGUGCGUUUUCACGUCAAAAUGAUCCCGUGGUUUGUUUCCGAUGUCACCCCCGAGGACUUCCGUUGGACACUGGAUGCACUGAAGUUGAGCGUAACUGCCACCCUGCGAGAUUUGGGAUGCCGCUUGUCGAAUUACAUUGAAACGGGACAUUUUGAGCUGAUCGAAGGUGAACACUUUUGGACAUCACCACGAGAUUUCUGUGAGAUGGAAAGUGUCAAGCCGAGCGUGCAUAGGAUGCUGCAGCAGGCACAUUUGGUCAUCUUCAAGGGGGACCUGAACUACCGGAAACUCCUUGGGGACAUCAAAUGGGAUCCAACGGUACCCUUUGUGGAGGCCAUUAGAACCUUCAGACCGACAAAUUUGUGCUCUCUGCGCACCGUGAAGGCUGACUUGGUGGCGGGAUUGCCACCAGGACGUGCUGAAGAGCUCACAGUGAAGGAUCCCAAGUGGAUGGAGAGUGGUGAAUACGGUGUUAUUCAGUUUGCACCCAAAUAGGGCUGCACUGUCCGGGUUGUGACGCAUUCACACAACUCUGUUCCCUCUCCUCGUUUUCCAGCGUGAUUCUGCCAAAAUUCCCCGUGGUGUCCUUUUAAAUGUGUCUUCGAUGGGUUAAAAAAAAAUGUGAAUAAAAAUACACAGAAAUGGAUAAUUAA